AUGGCAAUAAAAUUUUGUUGCAUUUCUAGGGACCCCUUUGAAGACGUGGCGAUAUGGAGCGAGUCUGUGGAUAAACUUCUGAGCUGUAAAUCUGGACAGAUGGCUUUCAGAGAGUUCCUCAAGACAGAGUACAGCGAGGAGAACAUCUUGUUCUGGUUGGCCUGUGAGGAUUAUAAGAAAAUCAAAUCAGCCCCUGAGAUGAUUUCAACUGCAAACAGGAUCUACAGUGAGUUUGUCCAAACAGAGGCUCCAAGACAGAUUAACAUUGACUGCGGAACAAGAGAAAGCAUAACAAACAACAUUUCUCAGCCAAGUCUCAACUCCUUUGAUAAUGCGCAAAAGUUAAUCUACGGUCUGAUGGCAAGGGACUGUUACCCACGAUUCUUGAAAUCCGAAAUUUAUCAGGCAUAUUUAAGAAGGUCAAAGAAAAGAUGA